UGCGCCUGCGCAGGUUACAAAACGGGUUCCCACCCCUUUGCGGCGCAUGCGUUGAUCCCAGCAGCCUCGCUCAUGGUACUGAAUACGCAUGCCCUUGUAUUCCUCUGGGUGUCUAAUACGCAUGUCUGUUGCCCGCUCUCGGUGCAUGGUUACUUCUUUUCACUGCGCCUGUGCGUUGCCCAUACGGACACAGUUGACCGCACACCCGCUAUGCUCGGGUAGUCCCUGUGGGUGGGGUGAAAGAGGGCUCUGUGAGCGUGCGCAGGAAAAUGGGUGUGGUGGGCUGUUGAGCCUUAUGAUGUCAUUCUGGUACAAUCUUAUGCAUGUCAACUCUAAAGUAUGCCCCAUAGACUUCAAAUGGGCUUACUCCCAGAUCAUCUGAGAUGCAGACCUGAAAGUAACUGCAAAUUAAGGAAGAAAUGGAAUCCUGAAUCUUUCUGUUGUUUUUGAGCAUAUUCUAAAUUCAAAAAGAGAGAAGGAAGAUCUUAUGGUAUACCUAAAUCAUGGAGGGACUCUUGCAUUAUAUAAAUCCAGCACAUGCUAUUUCUCUCCUAAGUGCUUUAAAUGAAGAACGACUAAAAGGGCAACUUUGUGAUGUUGUUCUUAUAGUGGGAGACCAAAAAUUUCGAGCUCAUAAAAAUGUUCUGGCUGCCAGCAGUGAAUAUUUUCAGUCUCUGUUCACUAAGAAAGAAAAUGAGUCUCAAUCAGUGUUUCAGCUUGACUUUUGCGAACCAGAUACUUUUGACAAUGUAUUAAACUACAUUUACUCAUCAUCCUUGUUUGUUGAGAAAAGCAGCCUUGCUGGUGUGCAAGAAGUGGGCUACAGUCUUGGGAUUUCCUUUCUUACUAACAUUGUUUCCAAAAGUCCUCAAAUUCCAUUGCCUGCAUGUCCUAUUAAGAAAAUAUUUUUCCAAGAGGAUGAUGAAAGCAGUUCCCAGAAAAGAAGUGUCAUAGUUUGUCAGAGCAAAAAUGAAGCACAGGGGAAAAAUGUUGGUCAAACCUCACAUGAUGUAAGCCAUAAUUCUAAGUCCUCGUCCUCAGUUGCUGUCAAACCUAAGCGGCCACAAUCUACACAGCCAACUGAGUUUCUACAUAGCUUAUCGCAAAAUGAAAGGAGAUGGCUGAAAGACAGUUCUUUAAGAUACUCCAAGUCCCACGAACAUUCUUCGGCUACAGCAGAUGAUCAAAGCAGAACUAAAAGGAAUGCAGUAUUGUCACAGAAAACAUCUGUAGAGGAAGAAGUGGGAGCAGAUGAAGCAGGAAGAAGUGAUCAGUUCCUAAGAGGAAAGGCAGCAGAAGCACCUUUGAAGAGACCUUGUCCACCAGUCUUAUCCUUACGUAGCUCAUCUGAAUCCACAUUUUUGUUGAGAGAGACCGGAAAAGGAGCUGGUCCAGGGGAAGACAGGAAUUUGCUAUACUAUUCAAAGUUAGGAUUAGUGAUCCCAUCUAAGGUAUCUGGUCCUGCGAACCAAAGUAUUGACAGGAGUGGGCCGCUUGUAAAGAGUCUCCUUCGAAGGUCAUUGUCCAUGGAUAGUCAAGUUCCUGUUUAUUCGCCUUCUGUCGACUUCAAGUUUUCUCAAGGAACUUCAGCGGUGAACAACGCACAAGGGAGAAUGUUAAAUGUAAUGUCACAAAAGCCAUCUGUGAAAGAGUCUUCAGGAGAGGCAGCUCCUGAUGACAAGACACAUGUAAUGUACCCCCAUCGCCUUAGGUCCUUUAGUGCCUCCCAGUCUGGAGACAGGGAGGUCGCUUCACCUCUUAGAGAAAUACGGAUUAAAACAGAACCUAGCAGUCCACUUUCAGAGCCUUCUGAAAUAAUAAGAAUUACUGUUGGGGAUGCUUCAUCAUCUUCCAAUAAGAUCAAUGCUUUUAAAACAGAAGAUGAUCAUAAGGAUCUCAGUAGACUCCCAGCUAAAAGGAGGUUUCAAGCAGACAGAAGGCUACCACUCAAAAAAAUCAAAGUGGAUGAACAUGCUUCCCCUGGGUCUGAGGACAAUUUUGAGGAAAACUCAAAUCCUACACCCCAUGAUGCUGAUUUCCCAGAUUCUGACAUUAGCAAAGAUGAAUAUAGUGAGCUGGAAGAAACAAAGCCUAACAAAAAGUUUAAGUGCAAACAUUGCCUUAAGAUAUUCAGGUCAACAGCAGGCCUUCAUCGUCAUGUCAAUAUGUACCACAACCCUGAAAAACCCUAUUCUUGUGAUAUUUGUGAUAAGAGAUUUCAUACAAACUUCAAAGUUUGGACGCACUGCCAGACCCAGCAUGGAAUUGUGAAGAACCCUUCACCUGCUUCCAGUUCCCACGCUAUCUUGGAUGAAAAGUUCCAAAGGAAAUUAAUUGAUAUAGUGAGGGAGCGAGAGAUUAAAAAGGCCCUGAUCGUCAAGCUAAGGCGUGGCAAGCAAGGUUUUCAGGGGCAGGCUGGUUCACAAGCACAGCAAGUCAUCAAAAGAAACCUGAGGUCGAGAACCAGAGGAGCCUACAUAUGUACCUACUGUGGGAAGGCAUAUCGCUUCCUCUCACAGUUCAAGCAGCAUAUAAAAAUGCAUCCAGGGGAAAAAGCAGUUGGAGGAAAUAAGCCACUUAAGCCCAAAGAGGAACCUCGCGUCGAAAGCCCAGUCGAAAACAAAAAAGUUUACCAGUGCCGCCUUUGUCAUGCUAACCUUCCCUCUCUUAUUGAACAGGGGAAUCAUGAGCGGCUCUGCCGGAAUGCAACCGUCUGCCCAUACUGCAGCCUCCGUUUUUCUUCUCUAAACCUGAAGCAUGACCACGAAAUGGCAUGCGAAUACAAGAAGCUCACCUGCCUAGAAUGUAUGCGCACUUUCAAAUCCUCUUUCAGUAUUUGGCGUCACCAGGUUGAGGUUCACAAUCAAAAUACCAUGGCUCCGACAGAGAACCUGUCUCUGCCGGUCGUGGAACACAACGGCGAAGUGAGCGGCACUUCCAGGCUGCAUUCUCAGCUGGAGCCGAACAAGACGAACAGCUUCGUUGCAGCCAAAGAAGACAGCGUGUUCAGCGACUCCUCCGAGCAGAUUAAUUUUGACUCGGAAGAUUCCUCAUGCCUCCCCGAAGAUCUGAGUGUCUCCAAGCAGUUUAAAAUCCAAAUCAAAGAAGAGCCUGCAGAUGAUUUAGAAGAGGAGGUCUCUGAAGGCAACCAGGAACACAAGGAAACCGUCUCCAAUAAAGACACUGGCUUGUGGCCUUGUGAAAAAUGUGGGAAAAUCUUUACAGUACACAAGCAGCUAGAGCGCCACCAGGAGCUUUUGUGUUCUGUGAAGCCCUUCAUUUGCCAUGUGUGCAACAAGGCCUUCCGCACCAAUUUCCGCCUGUGGAGUCACUUCCAGUCCCACAUGGCACAAGCUACAGAGGAGCCUGUGCGAAAAGAACCUGAGAUUUAUGCACCAGCUAAUUCUCCGUCGCCCCCACCUUUGCCUCCUCCCCCACCCCUUCCCAAAAUACAACCUUUGGAACCCGAUAGCCCUACGGGGUUGUCAGAAACUCCUUCAGUUACUGAGAAAUUAUUUGUCCCUCAGGAAUCGGACACACUCUUUUACCACGCUCCGCCACUUUCAGCGAUCACUUUCAAAAGACAGUAUAUGUGCAAACUCUGCCAUAGGACAUUCAAAACUGCAUUUAGUCUUUGGAGUCACGAACAGACACACAAUUAAAAGAAGAAGGCAUAAAGAAUGCCUACAAGGGAUUUUUAAGAUUUAAUUUCCCUGAUGUUUCUGAAGUUACAGCAUUUGAAAUGAAGUUUUUUUAUAUAUAUAUAAAGGGACAAGAACCCUCAGCAAUUAAAUUUGACAUUUGUGGUGCAGCUUUGGAUGUGGAGAUUAAGGUAAACUCAAUUUAUUGUUAGUAAAUUGCUCACAUUUUAAGGCAUUGUGGUCUAGGAUCUCCUACUUAAUGAAUAAUUGCAUUCAUUUAAAUCUGGUUAGUUCAUCCUGUGAUCUUGGUAUAUAUGGAUUUAUAUAAAAAGGCAACAGCAAGUUAAAAGAGUUUAGAAUAAUGCAAAUCCUGAAAAAUGUUUAUUGUUUUCACAGAGAUUAAUUCUCUCAUGGGCGCCAUAGAAAUAUUACUCAUUCAUUUGAUGUUAAGGGAAGAAAUUGAGAAUUUUGCUGUGUUGACCUUGAUCUUAUUGAACGUUAGCAAUAACAAAUAAAACCUCAUUUGAGUUAACUUUACCCUUAUUGAAAACUGAUUAACAUGGAGUUUUUUUGGUUACUGGAAUUUUCUGUAUGGAUAUUGUGCAAGAUACGCUACAAUUAAAUGUUAGCAAUAUGUGAAUAUUUGGAUUUUUAUAUAUAAAGUAGCAGCCAGCCUGCUUCCAGCCAUUUAAAAGCAUUUUUGAAGGAAGAGUAUCAAAAUGAAGAUGCUUUAUUUGGGCCUCAGAGGCCGAUAUUCUAUAGAUAUUUUGGUAACUAGACAAUGUGCUAAGCAACUGCCAACUGAUAUCCUAAUGCAAACUAUAUUACUGUUCUAAAUACAAAACAGCAUUGAGUGGAUGUCAAAAAUUAAGUUGUGCUUUGUUUCUUCUGAUUUGUAUUGGUGUGGAUGUGUUUUAUUACAGUGGAAUGUAUGACUAUGCUAGUUCUGAAAAGGAGAAGCAAAUGCCAUUUUUUUGGUGGUGAGCUCUGCUGAGAAUACAAGAAAGUUUUUUGGGGGGGAAGUUCAGAUGUAAAUAUUUACAUAUGUAUAAGUGAAUAAAAUAAAAACACAGAACCUCUAUUAAAUAUAAAUAGUUUGGAAAGGAAAAUGCAGUACCACAAAUGUAUUUCACAAAUAACGAGCAGAAUGUUUCUCUUACCCUGUAUCAUACUUUGAGUAUCCUUUUGUUUUGUACUUAAAUAAAAAAAAGAUUGUUUAAAGCAUAUGAAGUACAAUCCAAUGCUCACUUAGGCAUGCUUAAGGCCCAUGGGUUGUAUUCAACGCUGUUGUUCCACUUGUACAGCAGACUUCCACUUGUGCAAUAUAAUGUACCCCAUUCACCUGCAGACCCCUCAAAAUCUGCUCCAGAGGCUUGGGGGACCCUCCAGAGUAGAUGUUGGGGGAGUAACAGGGGGAUAGUAAAGUUUUAUUGUGCAAGCAAGCGGAAUUCUGUCACACAGCGUUUGAUAGGACUCGUUGAUUUUUGUGGGUCUAAUCAUGCAGUAGAUGGUGACAUGCAGUCAUACUUACUGUGUUAAGAGCAUGUAAAUUCCACUUCAUCCAGUGCAAUUUACACACACACCUAUUUAUAGGACAGGGGUAGCCAUAUACCUUUUCCAAAGAUCCAUGUGUGCUUAGAUAAUAUGCACAAAUUCUUGUACACAUUAGGCUUCUCAUUCAUUGACUUCACCUGUUGAAAUAAAGGGAGAAACCAUUGGGUAGGCAAGUUCUGUGUGCACUCUGGUUCUCAUGCAGUUGGAAAAGACUACUGGAAUUGGGUCACUGAGUUGUAGCAGGGCCCUUGCUCCCAAAUGGCAGAGUAGCAUCAUUAAUACAGAUAUCUGCCAGGAAGCUCUUACGGUUUUGUUUCCUACUCAGGAAUCGACAUUUAAAACUAAUGAAUUGCUAGUUGCAUUUUAAACUUGAUCUAAGGUAUGAAUGCUGUAGUUGAAUUACUUAGCUUUUGGAUUAUGGGAAAAGACAGGAAACUUUGGUGUUCAGCACUGAGUAAUUAUGAGAUUCAUUAAAAGGAGUGAGAACUUGGUUCUUGAGUUCGUGUAGAGCGGGAGUAAUAACUGGCACCCCAAUAUUAAAUGAAUUUAUUUUUAAGGAAUUCUGUUGAUAUCAAUAGAAUCAACUUCCAUGGCAGUCCAGAAAGAAGAAGAACACAGCACAUUUCCUAAGACUUACUACAUAUUUGGAAAUUAGUCCCAUUAAGAAGCAAUUUUGAUCUAUUUAAUGCCAUUAAUGUGAAAUAUGGUUGGGUUGUUUUGUUUUUUACUUGCUUUCUGAAGAAUAGUGUAUUAGAAGCUCCUUUUGAAGCCCAGCUAUAUAUUAAAAGCAGCUUCUGAUGAAGCAUGUGGAACUGCUCUUCAGAAAUGCAAAUAAAAUAGCUCAUUACCUGUGUGGAUCUUCCAUGGUUCCAUUUUAAAAUCCAACAGGGUGUGAGGCAUACAACACCUGGAUCUUUCUUUCCUAAACUUUAAGAUUUUGCAUAGCUUUCAAGUAGAAUAAGAACAUCAAGUGAUGAAAGCAUGAGACUUAAUUUCAGAGUUGUGGGUUCGGGUCCUAUGUUGGGUAAAAGAUUCCUGCACUGCUGGGGGUUGGACGAGAUGAUUAUCUGGGUCCCUUUCAGCUCUGCUAUUCUGUGAUUCUGUGCAGUGUAACAGAAUUCUAAAAGUGGAAGCGAGGCCUAUUACUAGCGAGACCUUUGUGCUGUAAGCAAAUAUUUGUAUCAAAACUUUGCUUAUUCCAUACUUAAAAGGUAUUUAGGGCCGUUCGCUCAGGGCUUUUCUCACACAUUCCAGCAUUCCUUACCCAUAUCUGUGUGUAGCACAUAAAUACCUUCUGCAGAAAUAGCAGAACCUUUUCCAACUGCUGUGACAAGAGAAACCUAUGCUAGUUGCAUCUCUUCUCCUUUAGUUUACACGUUGCAUGUCUCCAUAUGUGUAUCUGCCUAAGGAUGGUCAUGACUACUCAUAUGUAGACGGGAACGGAAAGUGCAACUCAACCUACCUACAGUUUGUCCAUUGGUUUUAUACACAAAACACUAUGCGGUCAAUUUCAUUCAUCAGAACUUCACUGAUGUUAGUUAUAGAACUUGCAUUAAUUUCAAUGGAUUGGAGUCAAUAUCAUCCUUUCUAGAUACCAGUAUUUUAUUCUAGCAGGGCUCCUGUGCCUUUAAGCAACUAUGGGGCAGACAUUUCCCCCGGCUUUGACUCCAUACUGGGAAUAGCUUCACCUAUUGAAUUUCUUCUUACAAGCCCUGCCAAAACCAGGUCCCCCCACCUCAGUCCUAGAAAAGGGAAAUAUGCCUUCAUAGCAGUGCUUUGUUAACUGAAUCCUCAAGCAUCUAGAAAAGGGAAGUACCGGUACUAUGCCUGUCUAAUGGUGCUUCACUAACUUAAUCCUCAAGCAGAAACUUCAACAGGAGUUCUGCUAUAUUACUAUUUGGGUUAUAAUAAGGUAAUAAAACCUAAAUAACUAGGAUUUUAAAGACUACAAUAUGCUUUUUAAGAAAUGGGGCUUUUUCUUAAAAGAUAAUACUAAGGAUUUUUGUUAGUUUCUAAUGUUAGGUGUGUUUUUGUUACCUUUUUCACAUCAGUUCUUGUUUAUUAACUGUUUAAAAAACAACCCUGCCUCUCAGAAUACUUUUUUGGGUACGUUUAUAGACAGAGAUUUUCCCUCUAGGUUUUUAAUCCAAUACUUUAAAGAGCUGUAAGAGUGUUUAUUUUGCUGGACAUGGAAUAAAUAUACUUCUGCUUAAAGAUUAAUAUAUGUUUUAAAAGUUAUAAAUUAUGGAAUAUGUUGCUUAUUAUAUACCUUAAAUCUUCAAGGAAUAUAUUUAGUUUGACCAUAAUAAAAAUAAAAUGAAAACUAUUGAUUCGUUA